AAGCUUUCAAGAACCGACUCGAGCGGUCCGGCCGACGAUCCGAUCCUCUCGCGCGUCUUCGUGCUUUGGACUCUGAUGGGGCAGGGUUGUUCCAGCUGCUUCAGCGGCCUGUCCGCAACAGUCACACCUGCACCGGUCAGGGAGGGGCCGGGCGAUUACCCCGCACCCGCGAUGGCAGCUCCGGCGCCCGCGCCUGCGCCCGAGGUGGCGUGCCAGGAGCCCGAGCAAGAGGCAGAGGAGCUUCAGGAACAGGAGCUACCGGAGUCGAAGGAGGCGAUCUCGGCGAAGGCGCGGCCUCCGGCGCUCGAGCCGAGCGCCGCCCACCACGGUCCGCCGGGGGCGAAGCUGGCGGCGGCCCUAGCGGAGGCAGCUGACACCAUCGAGACCAUCCCGUCCACCAACCCGUCGCCAGGAGCUGCGAAGGCGAUGCACUUGGAGAACAUGUCCUCGGAAGAGGGGGACGCCGAGCUUCAGACGCCCUCCGGCACGGUCACUACUUCGGCAGAGCUGGGCCAUGAGCUGCCGUCCCUGGGCUCGGCCGGGCAUGCCACAGGCGACUGCAAGAGGUGCUGCUUCUAUCCCAAGGGCCGGUGCCAGAAUGGCUAUGAGUGCAGGUUCUGCCACUUCGACCACGACAAGCGCAAGCGCGUUAAGAAAUCCGGCGAGGGCCAUGGGCCAGAGAUGCCGGCAAACCUCAUGCCGCCGACGCCAAAUGCCCAAUGCCUGGCGAAUGGAAUUGCCCAAGAGGCCAAUCUCGGCUUUGAGGCGCCGGAGGUCAUGCGGCAGGAGGCGUUUAUGCAGAAUGGGAUGCCCAUGUGGCAGCCACCGAUGCCGAUGCAGCAGCUUCCUUACGCCCCGGGAGCAUGGGCGCCGCCCUACCUCGCCAACCACGCACCGCCGAUGUGCGGCCCCUACCCGGGGCCCUUCGGCUGUGGCCCUCCCCCGUGCAGCCCUCCCUACGAUGCUGGCUUGGUGCUGCCAAGAUACACCAACUCUGCUGGAUGCCUGCCGGAGCCCAUGGGCAUGAGCAUGGGCCCCAUGGGCCCGAGCCCCAUGGGCGCCAUGGGCCCCAUGGGCCCCAUGGGCCCCAUGGGCAUGGUGCCUCCGGGCCCGCCCCCGAUGGCGCCGGGCCCGGGCCCGGUCCUGCCGCUGGGCCCCAUGGGGACGACGCCGGUGGGCGUGAACUCGGCCCCGCAGCCGGCAAAGCCAUCCAAGCCGGACAGCCCACGCUCGGCGAUCCUGAAGCUGACGGGCGCCUGGGGCGCCUUGGCCAACGCCGCGCACGAGCCAGGCGCCGAGCCCGAGGCACCCGCGCAUUUGCGUGAGAGACACGACAUGCGGAUGUGUGUGCCGCCGGCUCGAUGAGUCGAAUCAGCUUGCAGAAGGUGCAUCUCAUUGUGGAGAUGUCACUCCCAGGGAGUGACGGUUUGAGGCGCAACUUUAAUUUCCGCGCCCGGGAGAGAAAGCUUGCCA